GAUUUUCACCCCAACGUUUGACAGUCAUCGCCAGAGUUGUCGUUCGCGGUAGAGAAUUUCUUGCGGUGGCCGUUCGGGCAAGAGAAAAAAAACGUCGAGGUGGAAGAAAAAAUCCGUGCGCGAUCGUGGAAAAAACACGUACCAAAUUCCGUCACCUGCUCGACCCGUCGCGGAAACAGUUCUUCUCCCGGUUUGUGUGUGUUCAAGUGCGCGCGCGUUUCCGGUGGUGAUUUGUUGUUUUCCGGAACAAUCCGGAUUUUUUUUCGGAACCGUCAGAUUGUGGCAGAUUCCGGAGCGCAUUUUUGCGGUGGCCACACAGGCUAGUUGUGAUUUGGAAACGGUCCCCCCCGGAAUUGAUUUGCUUUGGUUGAGUUCCGGAUUUUAACGUCCCCCUCUGAAACAAAAAACGAUCCGGAUUGUCCCGGGUUUGACAGCUGAGAAACAUCAACACAGCCGCAGCAGAAGAAGAGGACCCCUCGGCGCUCCCUCUCUGUUUGUGUGAGUCAGUUGAGCGUCGCGAUCGCAUCCGGACGGAUCUUGGAGCACAGGAUCAUGGCGGCUAGCAGCAGCAGCACGACGGUUCCGAUGUCGGCGUCGUCGGCGAGUCUGGCGGGGGGGACCGCACCGGCGGUGGCACCGCCGACCAAUACGCCGUGGCCCAAUAGCAAGGACGACUACGAGCUGCGGGAGGUGAUCGGGGUGGGGGCGACGGCGGUGGUGCACGGGGCGUACUGCGCGCCGCGGAACGAAAAGUGCGCGAUCAAGCGGAUCAAUUUGGAGAAGUGGAACACGUCGAUGGACGAGCUGCUGAAGGAGAUCCAGGCGAUGAGCAGCUGUAACCACGAGAAUGUGGUGACGUACCAUACGAGUUUUGUGGUGAAGGAGGAGUUGUGGCUGGUGUUGAGACUGUUGGAGGGGGGGAGCUUGCUGGACAUUAUCAAGCACAGGAUGAAGUCGGUGAACUGUAAGCACGGGGUGUUUGAUGAGGCCACGAUCGCGACGGUGUUGAAGGAGGUGUUGAAGGGGUUGGAGUACUUUCAUAGCAAUGGGCAGAUCCAUCGGGAUAUAAAGGCGGGCAAUAUCUUGCUCGGGGACGAUGGGACGGUUCAGAUUGCGGACUUUGGCGUGAGUGCGUGGUUGGCCACGGGUCGGGAUUUGAGCCGGCAGAAGGUUCGGCACACCUUUGUGGGGACCCCGUGCUGGAUGGCACCGGAAGUGAUGGAACAGGACCACGGGUACGACUUUAAGGCGGACAUCUGGUCGUUUGGCAUUACGGCGAUCGAGAUGGCGACGGGCACGGCUCCGUACCACAAGUACCCGCCGAUGAAGGUCCUCAUGUUGACGCUGCAGAACGAUCCGCCCUCGAUCGACACCGGCGCCGACGAGAAGGACCAGUACAAGGCGUACGGCAAGACGUUCCGCAAGAUGAUCGUCGAGUGUCUCCAGAAGGAACCCUCCAAACGCCCCACGGCCAGUGAACUCCUGAAGCACCCGUUCUUCAAAAAGGCUAAAGAUCGCAAGUAUCUGACCGCGACCCUGCUCGCGACCGGCCCCUCGAUGGCCACCCGAGUCCACAAAGCUGCCAAGCGACAACCGGGCGCGUCCGGCCGCCUCCACCGAACCGUCACCGGCGAGUGGGUGUGGUCCUCCGAGGAGGAAGACAACGGCAAACAGUCCUCGGACUCGGACUCCGAAGAGCCCCGCCCCAUGAACCGCCUCGAGCAGAUGGACUCGUCCGCGUCGGAAACCGAAGACGCCUCGGAACCGUCAACCCUAACCGUCGCCCCCACAACCGACGGCCUCGCCGCCCUCUCCCUGGCCGCCGACGACGACGACGACGGUCUGCCCCCCAUCAACCUGGUCCUGCGGAUGCGGAACGCCAACCGGGAACUGAACGACAUCCGGUUCGAGUUUGCCGUCGGCAAGGACUCGGCCGAAGGCAUCGCCUCGGAACUCGUGGGCGCCGGCCUCGUCGACACGCGCGACAUCGUCGUGAUGGCGGCGAACCUGCAGAAGCUGAUCGACCUGCGCGCCACCGGCCUCAAAACCGUCACCUUCCAGCUGAACUCGGGCUUCGGCAGCGGCGAAACCGCCGACGAAAAGUCCCUCAUCGGGUACGCGCAGAUUUCCAUCACGGACUAAUGUUUUUUGUUUAUGUGUGUGCUUGUUAUGUGUCUGUGUGUGCGUGCGUGCGUGUGUGUGCGAAUGGAAGCCGGAAGAAGAAACAUUCUAUUUUGAGGGGAGAAACAAAAAAAGUGAGCGCGGUUUUCCUUGUGUUUUUCGAUUUCUUACAUAGGUUUUAAACGAAGAAAACAAUAAAUAGCAAGUUAUUUAGAUUUAGUACCUAUAUUAAUAUAUAUAUUCUAUACUCUUCUCUACCGCUGCAUCUAAGUAUAUUUGAGAUAACAAAACAACGCAAAACAUGCCGCCGCAGUCGUGCCGACUGCAGGGUUGUUACGGAACUCGUUUCGGAACCGGUUCUGUGAAAUUAAUUUCAAACCGAAUCUAACCCGAUCUGUUCAAUUUUUCUCCGACUGGGAGUUGCAGCUGUCAAAAAAAAUAUUUUUCAAUUUGGUAGAAAAAAAAGUAAUUCUGAACAAUGCGAUCAAUCUCAAUUCGAUUUCAGUGCGAUUAGUUCUUUUUUCCGUCGACUGGGAAUUGUAGCUGUCAAGGCUCUACACUGUUAUUUGAAGACGUCCAAUUACGAAAGACUUCAGCUUUUUUUUUGUUGAUUGUGUAAUUUUACCUGUUAUUAUUUUAUUUCAAUUGAUCAAUACAAAAAAUUAAUCGAAUUCAGAAAAUAUGCUCUAAGAAGUCUUGAAGUCGCCUCAAUCCUGAAGCGGUUCUUCGAAAUUAAUCUCGCACCGAAUCCAUCACGACUAGCUCAAUUUUGCUUCGACUGGGAAGUGCAACUGUCAAGACUCUACACUGAAAAAUGUCGGGGAAAAAUAUCUUAAAAUCAUAUUUUUUUUACUGACUUUUUAGAGUUUUUCAGUUGAGAUCACCUCAUUCCUCAACCGGAUCUUUGAAAUCUCUAGCUGAAUCUACCCGAUAAGUUAAAUUUUCCCUGCGACUGUGAAUUUGAGCCCUUUAUUUCUCAAAUAUUUAGCUUUUGUUAUGCUAAACAUGAGCUUUUCAUAACCGGUUCUGUGAUAAUAAUCUAGCACCGAAUCCAUCCCAAUUAAUUCAAUUUUCCUCCGACUGGGAAUUUAAAUCAAUAACAGUAGCAAUGACUAAUAAUUCUGCUUCAUGAAUUUCCAGUUUAUAAAUGAUGAAUGUUGAAUAAAAUUUCAAAAAAAAAAACAUAGAAAUUAUUAAAACAAUAUCAGUGAAAGAUCUUUCUUGAAAACAAUAUUUUUAUUAGUUGCUCAGUCCAACUCUCCUUUUCUGAACCGGUUUCGUUAAAUCUAUCUGUCCCGAUUUAUACGAUAUUCCUUCGACUGGGAAAUUGCACUGUUAAAAAAUAAAUAAUGUAAUAAUUUUACAAAUAUAGAUUUGUUUUGUUUUUUCUAAACCGGUUCUAAGAUAUAUUUCUCAAUUAAAAUUAAACUGUUAUAUUUUGAUUUAUAUUAUAUCGUUUCUGAACCGGUUCUAUAAAAUUUCUGAUUUUUUUGCCGAAUUUACCUUAUUUCUGAACCGGUUCUAUGAUAUUAAUCUCCAAUCGGAUGCAUUCCAAUUGAUUGAAUUUUCCUCCGACUGGGAAUUAAAAUUGAGAAAAAAAAUAAUAAAAAUUCCAUAAUACUAGUUUUUUGUUGGUAAAGACUUUUUUCUGAACCGGUUCUAUGAUAUAUCUCUUAGUUAGAAUUCAGAUCUCGAUAAGUUAAAUUUUCCUCCGACUGGGAAUUUCAACAGUACCCAGUCAAAUCAAUCCGAAUUCUGAAACGGAAUCUAAUUCGAAUCGUACACAAAUUAAGUUUCAAACGCAACAACCGGUUCGAACACGGAACCGGUUGCGUUUGAAAUGGAAUUUGUAUACGAUUCUAAAUAGAUUCCGUUUCAGAAUUCGGAUUGAGUUAACUGGGGAAAUGCUCUACACUGUCAUUUAUUUUUUUCUCAGUUGAAGAUAUGUUUUAAACUGUUGAAUUUUGAUCUGAUAUUUUUUUUUAUUCAAAAACAUUUUUUCUUUUGUAAUUGUAACAUCAAUUAUGUAUUUGUUCUGACCUAUUUAAUUUAAAAGUGAUAAGAAUUCAAAGUUUUGUGAAAGCUUUUUAUUUUCAUUUGAAUGAGUUCAAUAUGUUUAAUAUAAAAAAAGUCCGGAACGAAGAAAUUGAUCAAGAGUUUUUAUUCAAAUGGUCCAAUUACCCAUUUUUUUUAGUUUCAAACAGAAUUCGAUUUGAAUCGUAUACGAAUUCCGUUUAAAACGAAACAACCGGUACCAUGUUCGAACCGGUUUUCGCGUUUGAAACAGUAUUCGUUUACAAUUCGAAUCGAAUUCCAUUUUUUAAACACUCAAAAAGCUUAAAAAUUAAAAGUUCUUAUUAAAAAAAACUGCAGAAUGUUGAUCAUAAAUCUUAUUUUUUCAAAAAUGUUCGAAAAAACUGAAACAUAGAAAUUGUGCAACAUUUUGUCUUUUUUUUUUUUAACAAAAAAUACUUCUAUGAACUUUUUCCGUCGAAUUAAUCUCAUAUGGGAACCGGCUCUAUGAAUCUACUAUCGAACUGAAUUUAUCCCGAUUGAUUACGAUUUUCUCCGACUGGGAGUUGUUGCUGUCAAAGCUAUGCACUGUCAUUUUAUUUUACCCACUUUCAGAUUAAUUUAACCAUUUAAUUUUUUUUUUUGCUUGAUAUUUUUGUUCUAUAAAAGCUUGUUAAAAAGCGAUAAAAUUAAGCAUUUUAUUCGAAUGUGUAAUUUUUUAACCGGUUCUAUAAAAGCAAUUUAGAGUAGAAUGCAUUUGAAAAUGUUAUUUUAUUCCUUUAUUAAUAAUGUUUGAAACAUAUUUUCGAAUAAAAAAAGUAUUCGUCGGUUUCGAGGCUCAGAACUAAUUCAUUUGCUGAACUGGUUUAGUAAAAGCAAAUUUUAUUUGACAGCACUUCUUUCAAAAUUGCCUCAAUUCAUUUAUUAUUUCGACUAAAAACAACAUCGAAGGGCCGAGGUACACGGAAAUUCUAAAUAUCUCCGAUAAAAUUGUAAUUGAGUUGAAUUGAAACUCAAAUUUAAAAAGUCGAAUUCAUCUUAUUUCUGAACCGGUUCUCUAUCGGCAUUCAGCACGAUGAGCUGAUCUUUUUCCGACUGGGAAUUGAAGCUUUGGGCAAAAGGACAAGUUCCCUUAUUUUCAGAACAUUUUUUUUUUUUCACAAUUCAGUUGAAUUCAAAUGAUUGUUUGCCUGACAUUUUUCUGCACUGUUAAUUUGUAUUAUUUUUUAAAAAAUGUUAUCUUUUUUGCUUUUUUUCUGCAAUAAAUAUUUCUUCGCGCAUCAAGACUUCGUAACAACCCUGCAUUCGCACGCAUAUAAUCCGCUUUAAAUUGAGAGAGAGAAAAAAAAGCAAGUUAAAACGACUAUACUUAUCACAACAAAACAAAAAGUUGCAAAUUUUAAACAAAUUUAAAACGGUGAAUUAAAAACAAACAGAGCAGUGCUUUAGCCUUUUCCAAGACCUAAAAAAAUACAAAAAAAACCUCCUUCGCAAACCCCAUCAACCGAUCACAAAUACACACAAAAAAAGAGAAGAAAAACAAAUGAUCACACGUUUUAAUUGUUAUCACAAACUCUCUCACACUCACACACGCGAAACCCUCUAAAAAAAAUGAGAGAUAAAGUAAGGAAGCGAAAAAAUCACGCGCGGCGCAAUUUUGUGCAGGAAAGGCCAAAAUUCUAAUUAACGAAAAAAAAGCAAACAUACACAACAACAACAAAGCACAGAUGUGAUGCAGUCGCAGCCUUGAAAAAUUAAACAAAUACACACACGCAGAAAAAAAGCGAUGGCUUGGUCGGAAGCGGAGUUAGUUGAACCGUUUCGCCCGACUUUGAAGGACUUUGAAGUGUGUGUGGCGUGUGAGGUAAUAAGAAAGAGAGGGAGAGCGAUAAAAAAAGGUAAAAUUAGAGAAGAAAGAUGAUUUGUAUUUUAACGAGAGGUUUAAAUCAUUACAAAUGACGAGCAAAGUGUAAUUAAAUCGUAAGCGGAACGUAAAACAAAAGAGUUAUAAUAAAAAAAAAAAGAAAAUACCUACAACGUAAAUAACAAAGUAGCAUCUUAGGAAAGAGAGGAAAAAUAAAAUAAAAACAAAGCAGCAGCAGCAGUUGUUUUUAGCGGUAGAUUUCAAAUCACAAAUCACCUCCCCCUCCCCUUUCUCUUCUCUUUUUCUCUCGGGAAACAUAUAUCAAACGAAGCAAAAAGAAUGUUCUUAAAAAAUCACUGAAAGGAAAUAAAAACAAAAAAAAACUAUAAGAGGGACAAGCAGACAAGCAUUAAAAACCAACAAAACGACAAAAAAGCGACUAAUAAACCAGCAUCUAUCUAGUUGAUGAGAGCACUCU